AUGAGUGUGGGCAGUUUUCAGGGACAACUUGAUGUAUUGGUGGACAGUGAAGAAUUAGAGUGCAUAAAGAUUAAAGUUGUAACAGAAAAAAUUGUGUAUGAAGAAUGUGGAGAAUGUUACACAUUGUAUAUUGUUGCAGAUACCAGUAAACAAAGAGAAACUUGGAUAUCUACUAUACGACAUGGAUGUCUGAAGAAAAAUGCCAGUUUCUACCUUAAAUACCAUCCUGGGGUAUGGACAAAGAGUUUAAAGAAGUACAAAUGCUGUGACCAGAUUGACCGCAAUGCUCCAGGAUGUAAACUGUCUUUUAUUGAGAGACAUGAUGAAGUUCCUGCUCGCUUAAAUAAAGUUCCCUCCCCCCACACGGAUGUGAGUGAAUCUAGUAACGAGAAGGUAUAUGUUGCUAUCUAUGACUACUCACCAUAUGAUAAACGAGAUCUCCAGUUGACCACUGGAGAGCGCUAUGAAAUACUUAAUGACUCCAAUGAGCACUGGUGGCUUGCAAAGAACAAACGAGGGCAAAAAGGCUACAUUCCAUCCAACUAUGUGAAGAAAUUGUGUGAUCUGGAAAUAUUUGAUUGGUAUUAUAAAGACAUCACUCGACAGUAUUGUGAGAUGCUGCUGAAGAAGGAUGGUCAUGAUGGUUGUUUCAUGGUGCGUGAUUCCACAACAAAAGGAAAUGUCUACACUAUCUCUGUUUAUUGUAAAGAGAAGUCUCGCCACUACCAUAUAAAGGAAACGCCAGAUGGAAAAUUUUACUUGCACGAGAAAAAUACUUUUGAUACAAUGGCUGAUCUUAUUUAUUAUCAUAAACAUAACUCUGCAGGUCUUGAAACAAGACUACGCUUUCCUCCAAGUCAUGAGGCCAAAACAGUUCCAGCUACUGCUGGAUUUGGACACGAUUGCUGGGAAAUCAGCCAAUCCAAUUUAGUCAAAGGCAAAUUAGUAGGUUCUGGUUGUUUCGGAAAUGUAUAUGAGGCAUUAUGGAAGAGCAACAUUGUGGCUGUCAAAGAGAUGAAACUUGAUACUAUGUCAGAAGACAACUUCAUUGAAGAGGCUAAAACAAUGACGCAACUUAACCACCCCAACCUGGUGCAGUUGUAUGGUGUUGUAACAAAAUCUAGACCACUUGCUAUUAUCUUGGAGUACAUGCAGCAUGGUUCUCUCAAACAACACCUGAAAAACAACAAACCUUUAAUUUUGUACCAAACUGAAAAACUUAUUGGGUUUUGUAUGGAUGUCUGUAAAGGAAUGAAGUAUUUGGAGUCUAAAAAUUUCGUCCACCGAGAUUUAGCAGCCAGAAACUGCCUGGUUGGCAGUAAUUAUGUGGUCAAAGUGGGAGAUUUCGGGUUGACACGUUAUGUCAUCAAUGAUUUGUACAACAGUUCCUCUUGUGCUAAACUUCCUGUGAAAUGGGCAUCACCAGAAGUUUUUCAGUUCUAUAGAUUCAGCAGUAAAUCUGAUGUUUGGGCUUUUGGAGUUCUAAUGUGGGAAAUCUUUACCUGUGGUGAUGAACCAUAUGCUGAUAAAUCCAACACUGAGGUCCUUGAGUUGGUUUGUAGUAGCAAUGCCCGGCUGGAGAAGCCUAUUACGUGUCCAAAGGAUAUAUACCAAGAAAUGAGAAUGUGCUGGAAGAAAAACCCAGAUGAACGAUAUUCAUUUUCUACUCUACGAGAAAACUUAAGUAAUUUAUUGGAACUAUUCAUCACCCAAAAUUAAAUGAAUUUUUUAAAAAAUGUGGCUGCCACCAGAAAUAUGAAUUAUAAAACAUACUUCUCUUCUUCACAAACAACACAAAAUAUCUCUUGCCGGUGAUGUUGGUUUUGUUUUCUACUGUUUUUGCCUGUUUUUUUCUUUCUUUCAUUUUCUCUUCAUUUCUGUCAAAUUGUGACAAUAUUGUGGCAGAAAUCAUAAUACAAAACUUUUAAUGCAAUGCACAUUUUGAAAGAAAAAUUAAAAAACAGUAAAAGCAACAUUUAAACAAACAAAAAUUUUAAAAAUAUAAAUUUUUUGACUGGGGUAAAAAUAUAUUAUUGUAAAAUUUUUUGUUUUCUUUACUGCUUAAUAGACAAAAGAGUGAAUAAGAUGAAAGGAAAUGACACUGAAAUGAUGGAAAGAAAGUUUAAAAUGAUCAAAAUACAACUAUCUAUCUAUAUAUAUAUAUAGGCAUAGGAGUCGUUGUGUGGUAAGUAGCUUGCUAACCAACCACAUGGUUCUGGGUUCAGUCCCACUGUGUGGCACCUUGGGCAAGUGUCUUCUAUUAUAGCCUCGGGCCAACCAAAGCCUUGUGGGUGGAUUUGAUAGACGGAAACUGAAAGAAGC